GUGCGUCUCUGAACGCAGUAUGUGUGUAAGUGUGUGUGUGUGGUUGCAAGUCAGCGAGAGAGGGACAACAAGGGAGGGAGAGAGAGAGAGAGAGAGAGAAAUGAGAGAGGUUGGAGAGCUCAAUGAGCAAACACAGUGUCAUGAUGUGCUAGUGCACGCUGGUUCUCGGGCAAGUUUUUUACAACACCACGGGAUUCUUUUAAGUUUUCUGCAGAAGUUGAUGCUGCUCUUUGUGCAGGUUUAAGCUGCUACAGGUUCCACUUGUUCUCUUUUUACAUCUUCGAAGUUUGUCACAUCACUGAGUCGUUUGUGCAGAAGAGCCAAGUUUCUCCUCUGCUCUCCUGCUCCCUUUCUCCUGUACCUGUCCAAGAAGGCAAAUAAUUUCCCCCCACACUCGUCCCACGCCAUCGCCGCACAACUCCAUCCAUCCCCUAACCUCUCUGUUCCCCUAAUGGGCACCAUAUCAGACAGCAGUGCCACAUUCCCUUUGUCGCCACUCAGAACCUCUCUCCACCCCUAACUGCAGCGCGAAGACCAACCUCAAUACGACCCAAUGGAGACGAAAGAUAUGAUGAUGACAAGCAUAUUCACAAUGGACAAGGGGGAGACUGAUGAAGAGAGGGAUGAAGGGAGAGAGGAGGAGGUGAGGGGAGAAGAGGAGGGGACGCAGCCGGAAAAUGGCAGACUGAUGCUGGCUGAUGGUCUUGCAGAGAAAGGACCCAAGAGCCUGACCUCGUGCUCUGGCCAGCAGGUGUCCAAUGGCUUCAACCCAUCCGCCCCUCAGAGCCCCAGGGAGGGACCGGGGACCGCAGCUUGCUCGGGGGGUACAGCUCCUGCUCCUGGAGGCAGCACCGGCUCCCCCAUGCCGCUGGGAGGCCUCAGGACUCUGGUGGUCCAACAAACCAGCUUGGAUCGGCCCAGAGAAACCUGGAGCAAGAAGAUGGACUUCUUGCUGUCCGUGAUCGGCUAUGCUGUGGACCUGGGAAAUGUCUGGCGCUUCCCCUACAUCUGCUACCAGAACGGAGGAGGUGCCUUCCUGCUGCCCUACCUGCUGAUGGCGGUGUUCGGAGGCGUUCCUCUCUUCUACAUGGAGCUGGCUCUCGGCCAGUUCCACCGCAGCGGCUGCAUCUCCAUCUGGAAACACAUCUGUCCCAUCUUCAAAGGGAUUGGUUUUGCCAUCUGCAUCAUAGCCCUCUACAUAGCCUUCUAUUACAACACCAUCAUGGCUUGGGCCUUGUACUACCUGCUAUCAUCUUUACGGCCCACCCUGCCCUGGACCACCUGCACCAACAGCUGGAACACAGCCAACUGCAACAGUUACAUGUCCACCGAUCACAACGUGUCGUGGACCAACUCCUCCACCUCCCCCGCCGAGGAGUUCUAUACUCGCCAUGUGCUACAGGUCCACCUCUCCCCUGGGCUGCACGAUCUGGGCUCUGUCAGCUGGCAACUGGCCCUCUGCCUGCUCUUCAUCUUCACCAUCGUCUACUUCAGCAUCUGGAAAGGAGUCAAGACGUCUGGAAAGGUAGUGUGGGUGACUGCUACCUUCCCCUACCUGGUCCUUCUGAUCUUACUGGUCCGUGGUGCCACUUUGCCAGGGGCCUGGAGAGGCGUGGUCUUCUAUCUCAAACCUGAUUGGGAAAAACUCCUCAGCACUACAGUGUGGAUUGAUGCAGCAGCUCAGAUCUUCUUCUCUCUGGGUCCAGGGUUUGGUGUGCUCCUCGCCUUCGCCAGCUACAACCCAUUUCACAACAACUGCUAUAAAGAUGCGUUGAUCACCAGCUCAGUGAACUGUCUGACCAGCUUUUUGUCUGGCUUCGUCAUCUUCACGGUGCUGGGAUACAUGGCUGAGAUGAGGCAGCUGGAAGUGGAUGCUGUGGCCAAGGAUGCCGGUCCCAGUCUGCUGUUCAUCAUUUAUGCUGAGGCCAUAGCAAACAUGCCUGCUGCCACUUUCUUCGCCAUCAUCUUUUUCCUCAUGAUCAUCAUGUUGGGUCUGGACAGCACGUUUGCAGGGUUAGAGGGGGUGAUCACCGCCAUGCUAGAUGAGUUCCCGCAACUCCUGGCCAAGAGGCGCGAGUGGUUUGUCCUCGGCUUGGUGUGCGUCUGCUUCCUUGGGGCUCUCUCCACGCUCACAUACGGAGGAGCGUUUGUGGUGAAGCUGUUUGAGGAGUACGCUACCGGCCCUGCAGUCAUCACCGUGGUGCUGCUCGAGGUCAUCGCCGUCUCCUGGUUCUACGGUACCAACCGAUUCUGCAAUGACAUCCAGCUCAUGCUGGGUUUCUACCCUGGUUGUUUCUGGAGGGUCUGCUGGGUGGCGAUCUGCCCCUGUUUCCUGCUGUUCAUCAUCAUCAGUUUCCUGGCCUUCCCUCCAGAGGUCAAGUUGUUCCACUACCACUACCCACAAUGGACCGUCGUCCUGGGUUACUGCAUUGGGGUGUCCUCAUUCAUCUGUGUACCUGCUUAUAUGGUCUUCCACCUGCUCACUGCCAAGGGCACAUUCAAACAGCGUCUGUUAAAAAGCAUCACUCCAGUGCCCAGCUUUAACGACCACAGAGACUUCAUUGUCACCAACGCGGUCUGACCAAGCAUUGAAGGCAUCGCUGGAGGAACUUAGAGCGCCCUCUUCAGGACAAACUGCAAACCUACAGGACAAAGGGGCUACCUAUCACCGUCUUUGCCUCUUUUUCAUUCAUCUCCUUCACUCAUUUUUCUUUCUCAUGUUAAGAUCAAAGAAUUAGAGGUGGAAUUAGGUGGAGCCAGGCUGCAGUAGUUUUGUUUAGCUUCCUUUGGUUUGGUUUCUUAAGCAGGUUCGAAGGAGUUAGUUGGAAACGCAGAGUCCAGAUCAUGUUCACUGCUCCUCCACUCAAAAGUCAGUCAGUGACCAAGCUUUUCUUCAGGUAAUACGACUGUCACAGAUAUUUUAUACAGUUACACACAGUAUGAUAUAAUCUGUGGCCAUGUAGACAAUAUAUAAUGCACUCUCACUGGAGACACUGCACAAUGAAAUCAGUCAGACAAGGCCAGAUAUUUACAUUUCAAUACUCUCAUAUUAUACUGUUACGUUAUGCAUUCUAAUAUGUAGCAAAAUUCAGGUAUCUUUUUACCUCUGUUACUGAAGCCAAAUAUAUGAUAUCUGUUUUGUUCAUAUUUUCAAAAAUGUUUGGAUAUUGUAGUUUGUUAUGUUGUGUUGGCUCUCAGACUGUGUUGUAUGAUGGCAACGUGGACAACCAACGGAUUUGCAAUGAGAUUUCCCUACACUGUGAAACGGUGUUUGAGUGUGUGUGUGUGUAUGUGCAUGUGUGAUUGAGAGUGAGAGAGAAAGACUGUUAAACCAGUGAAAAUAUGAUUCACGGACAGAGCCUACCAUAUGUAUUCCUCCUAUAACUGCAAUAUAAUAUAAUGUGUAUUUAUUUUAUAAUAUAUCAUUGUUGUUAUUUUGACUGUUCCUCACACUUAAAUUGUGACGUGACAUAAUGCUGAUGGUCCACAUUUCAAUUUGGUGACUCUCUUCAUUCUGUCGUCCUACUGCAUAACCGUCAGUAGUAGAAACAAAAACACGGAUCAGAGCUACUAACAUUAUCACCGUUAUCAUAGUCUGGAAAUCAGCAUUACUGCUUUUACUUUCUACCAAAAAAUGUGUGUGUUUGUGUGCACAUGUGCCUGUGUGUGACAGAGUGUGUGUAACUGUGUGUAGGAGCAGGAGUUAAAAUAUGGCGAGUACUGUACAUCUACUUGUGUAUUUACUAGUCAGUCUGGUAUUGGUGUAAUCUAUCCUGUGAAUACCUUCCAUGGACGUGUGUGUGUGUGUGUUUUUGUGUGCGUGCGUGCGUGCAUGUAAAAAAGGAGCGGUGGUCAACCCCUUAAUGUGUGCAUGCCGAGAUGUGUGUAUACUGUGCUUAAGUGUGUGCGUGUGGGUGUGAGUGUGUGUGUGUCUGUAAUGUGAUCUCCUGAUGUCUUGUUAACAGCCAAAAUAUCUUAUGAAGGAAGUAAACUCGCUCUCUCUCGUAGCUCUCACGCUUAUAUAGGAUCUGUGUAUGUCAAUAAAAGACUGUAUUGAGAAAUACACCUGUAUAGAAUAAAGAUAUAAAUAUAUGGGAAAUAACAGAUAAUAAAGAUAUAUGGAAAUAAAUAAACUCUGUCAUCCAUGA